CCAACCAAACCAGAACCCCACCCCCCAAGUGUCUUUCUCCGUCACACCGUAACCCUCUCCUCUCUGUUUCUGCCUCUGCCUCUGCCUCGGCCUCCUCUGUUUCUUUGGUUCUCCUCUUCGGCUGGUUGUGCCGCCGGGAUCGGAAGAUGGCGGAGCAUAAGUUCGGCGCCGAAGACCCCCAGGGAUCGUUUUCGUACGGGUCGUCCAAUGGCGACGGCGAAGCGUGGAACCGGCCGCGGAAGAGGAACACGUAUGCCUUUGCUUGCACCAUCCUCGCCUCCAUGACCUCGAUCUUGAUUGGCUAUGAUGGCGGUGUGAUGAGUGGGGCGGCGAAGUUCAUCCAGGAAGACCUGAACGUGAGCGAUGUGGAGAUUGAGAUACUCAGCGGCAGCAUCAACGUCUACUCCCUCAUCGGCUCCGCUAUGGCCGGUAGGACCUCCGACUAUGUGGGCCGCCGCUACACCAUUGUGAUCGCCGGAGCGAUCUUCUUCGUGGGUGCCCUCUUCAUGGGCUUAGCCUCUAACUAUGCCUUGCUCACGGUCGGCCGGUUUGUGGCGGGGAUUGGUACUGGGUACGCCCUCAUGAUCGCCCCCGUCUACUCCACCGAAGUCGCCCCGGCUUCAUCCCGUGGCUUCCUCACCUCCUUCCCAGAGAUAUUCAUAAAUGCUGGUGUGCUCCUCGGGUACAUAUCGAACUACGGCUUCUCGUAUCUCCCUUUGAACCUGGGCUGGCGGUUCAUGCUUGGGAUCGGGGCCAUCCCUUCAGUUGUCCUCGCCAUUGGCGUCCUGGCCAUGCCUGAAUCUCCCCGUUGGCUCGUCAUGCAGGGCCGCUUGGGUGAGGCCAGGAAGGUACUUUACAGGACUUCAGAAUCAAACGACGAGGCCGAGGACAGGCUUGCCGACAUUAAGGAAGCUGCCGGGAUACCCCCUGAAUGCGAUGAGGAUGUCGUGCAGGUAGUGAAGAAGCAGAGCAGCGGGUCAGGCGUGUGGAAGGAGCUGCUGCUACACCCGACGCCGACUGUUCGCCACAUUUUGAUCGCAGCUGUGGGCAUCCAGUUCUUCCAGCAGGCGUCAGGGGUUGACACGGUUGUCCUCUACAGCCCACGAAUCUUCGCGAAGGCAGGGCUCAAGUCAUCCGAGAAACAGCUGCUUGCCACCGUGGCGGUCGGGUUCUCCAAGACUGUCUGCGUCUUGGUUUCGAUCUUCUAUCUUGACCGGUUUGGGAGGCGGCCGCUUCUCCUCGCCAGCGUGGGGGGCAUGGUCUUGUCAUUGUUUACUCUCGCAACUGCGCUGUUGGUGGUCGACAACAACCCGGAAGGGGAUGUAACGUGGGCCCUCAUCGUGUGCAUCGUCACGGUGCUGACCUUCGUUGGGACAUUCGAGAUGGGGCUGGGCCCCAUCGCCUGGGUCUACAGCUCAGAGAUAUUCCCGCUAAGGCUUCGAGCCCAGGGCGCAGCCAUUGGCGUUGCAGUGAACCGGUUAAUGAGCGGCCUCAACUCUAUGACAUUCAUCUCCCUCUAUGAGGCCAUCUCCAUCAGCGGUGCCUUCUACCUCUACGCAUCAAUAGCGUUCGCGUCCUGGGUGUUCUUCUUCGUGAUGCUCCCUGAGACGCAAGGUCGGACCCUAGAGGACAUGGACGUCCUCUUCGGGGGCUACCACAAGUGGAGGUCCGCCACAAAGAAGAUCAAUCAUAACCAUGGUGGAGCUGUGCCCGAUAGUAGCAGCAACAACAGCACUGCUAGCGAGGCCCUUUUAGCGUCCGAGGGGUCAUCCGAUAAGCGGCUGGAGACCCCGUAAUUACUCUUAUAAGCCAUAGAAAGUAUUAGCCUUACGGGGGAGGCAGGGCUAGGGCUAGGGCUAGGGCUAGGGCUAGGGCUUGGGCAAGGGCAGGGGAAACUAAUUACUCCCUCUGCCUUAAUCAAUCAUCAAUUACAUAUUUAGUCCGAGACUUGGAUCUAGUAAGUCUUGGAUAAAAUGGCAGGGGAGGGGCCUUGUUGGUGGCUCCCCUUUGCCCUGUGGGAUGAGGUCGCUAGCAUCUUCUAAGGUCCCCGAUGACCUCGUCUCGGGAUUGAGUGGCUAUCGGCGAGCCCUAGCUUCGGCUGGUUUGCUUUUAUUUUUAUUUUUUUGGAUUCUGUCAUAUUUGUGAAUUUUUUCGAUGAGGGGACAAUGUCACGAUUAGAGUACAGAAAGUAUUGAAUCACAUUUCAGACGAAAUUCAGAAAAGAGAUCGCAUGAUAUAUGUAAAAUAUAAUUGGAAGUUUGUGUUUAUUAAUUGAAAAAAAAAAGUUUGUGAUAUAAUCCUAGACGAAUAUAAAAGUUUGUCA